AUGCUUUCUAAAACGAAUCUAAGUUUGUUCGUCUUUAUUAAUCUAAUCAAUCUAUCGUCUGCGCUUGUCUGUCCGACUUAUUUACCUCGGCAGCAGAAUGCUUCGCAAUAUCGUCUCAUUAAAUCGUGUCAAACUGAUUGUCAAUUUCCAACUGUCGACGAAAAACAUGCUGUUUGCUUGGGCAUCUAUUCUAACUAUUCCGGAGAGAUAUUUAUCAAACAACUGGGCGCGAUUUCCAGCGAUAAACAAUGUUUAAUGUCAAAACAAUGUAUACUCGAAAGGGAUUUGAUGAAAUCACAAACAUUUACAUGCUGCUGUUCCAUGGAUAACUGCACAUUGAAUUGGACAAGUAUUCCGCCAGCACGUGCCAGUGUGAUCAAUUCAACCACAAUCAACAAUGUUGUUAUUAUUGAACAAGAACAUUUUUCAUGGAAAUUAUUCCUAAUAAUAUUUAUUUUCCUGAUGAUUAUCAUUCUAAUCACGUUUAUAUUUAGUCUAUGGAAGUCAUUGAAAACGAGCAAUAAGAAGAAAAAUAAGACAUCAUUUCUCAAAUCACCAUCAUCAGCAUCGUUAAUGGAACAAUUAUUUUUCUCUGCACAGGAGAUAGUUAUAGGCAAAAAUAGUACUGUUUAUAAAGCUAUUUUUAAGAACGAUGUUGCUGCUCUGAAAGUUUACAAACAAGCCAAUUUACUUAUGUGGAAAAACGAAGUCACCAUAUUGCGGUCAAUUAAACAUGAGUCAAUCAUCAAGGUUCUUUCCGAAGGUCAAUUUGGUACACAUUUAUAUCUUCUAUUACCUUAUUAUGAUAAUGGUACGCUUCAAUCGUAUCUGCGUACAUCAAAUCGUGCAUUAACAAGCAAACAAUGUUUAACAUUUUUACAUUCACUCGCAUCAGCUAUAUCUUAUUUACACACGGGACAAAGUGAUAUUCGCAUGCCUAUCGUUCAUCGUGAUAUCAAAUCAUCCAACAUUCUCGUAGCCAACGAUGAAUUAAGUCUUUGUUUAGCUGAUUUUGGCGUAGCAACAAUUCUGCCUCAAGUGUUGACUGAAAAAGAUUUCGUGCAAAUUGGUACAAUGCGUUACAUGGCGCCCGAAUUACUUGAAGGUGUCAUUACUUAUACACAUGAUGCUCUGUAUAGUGUGGACAUGUAUGCGUUGGCCUUGGUUUUUUGGGAGAUAUUAACACAAUGUGACAUUUAUCCAUUGACAGUAUAUCAAGCACCGUACGAAGAAUAUUUAGCAAAUAAUCAGGAAGAAUCUUGUUUUGCAUCUCAAAUUUACAAUAUCGUCGUAAUUCGUGGAUUACGACCAACAUUUUCUCGACAGGCCAAUGAUAAAAAACAUGCACUGUUACAUGAUGGGUUAUGUUCAUUAAUUGAUGCUUGUUGGGCAACUGAUGCUGAUAUGCGUAUGAAAGCGCAAACACUGGUUUUCAAACUCAAUCAGGUGAUACAAUCAAGAACAGUAUGA